AUGAUCGCCACAUUCCAACGAACUAAGCGAGGCAACGUCAUGCUCAUCCACACCGGCUACAAGUACCAUAAAGAGCGUACCCGCGGCAUCAAAGUUCGUUGGCAAUGCGCCGCUCGCAAGAGAAAAGGUUGCCCAGCAACCGCAACCACGUUAGAAGCACCCAUAUUCCUACCAUCCAAGAAAGGCGGUCGAGUGCUAUGCUUCGAUGGCUACAAGUAUCACCGUGAGAGGCAACGCGGCAUGAAAACGCGAUGGCAUUGCGGUACACACGCCAGGUUCGGGUGCGCCGGCUCUGUCAUCACCGUGGACGACAUGGUCGUGAGGACCAACCUCUACUACGGAACAUCCCAACUAGGAAGCAGGGUGCUCUAUCACCGUGGAUACAAAUAUCACCGCAAGCAGGAGAAGAAUGGGUUAUUUUUCGGGACAUCACACUUUGGUAAUAAGGUGGUAUUCUACAGAGGCUACAAGCACCACAAGAAACGUGAGACAGGCAACAAGACCGCCUGGCACUGUGGCACCCAUAGAAAACUCGGCUGCAGGGGAAUGGUCACUACCAUUGAUAAUACGGUGGUCAAGUUCACCUGUCAUUACCAUCACCCAGUACUUUAG